UUCCAAUUCCAAUUUCAUUUCCAAUUCACGACGCGCAUCAUCAAUGUUUAACACCAUGAAACUGCUUCUUCGCUUUGGAAUCGCUUUGCUUCUCCUUCAUUCUUCCCUCGCCUCCGACAUCCCUUACCCCCAGGCUAUUUCUGAUUUGAAGGAAUCGAUCGUAAAAUCGUUAGGGUUCACAGCCGAGGAUGAAUUCAAAAUUAAGGGUUUCGAUCCGAGAGAGGCUGAGGUGGGGCAUUCCGUGGAGUACCAAUUCGAUGUAGAGAUUGAUCACAAGGUUAUUCCCUUCAAGCUCCGCGAAGAGAUGAAGCGCUGGGACUACGUCGAUCUUCCAAUUUUCCAAGUUCAGGACCAAACCGGGUUGGUUGAGGAAAAACGGGUUUCGGGAAAUGGGUUACCCGUUUUGGCUCCGUUCCAGCUCGCUGGACCCAUGGAGCUUUGGAUUCAAGAUGCCAAGGACAUGAGGCUCUCUCUCCCUCAUGAUGUGGAUGCUGGCGUGUUGAAGAAAGUGAUUUUGGCUGAGGGUGCAGUGGUUACUGUGAAAGGUGCUAGAUCAGUUAGUCUUCGCCAACCCCUUGAUUUCCCUCUCCCAUUCAACCGAACAAAGAAUGGUUUUGCUGCUGGUCUUCUAACCUUGGCUGAGCAUCUUCGCCAAGCAUCUCGUGCCGAGGGUGCUCCCCUUCUCUCACUUAGAAUUGUUGGUCCUACAUCACUUGCAGCCCCUUCUUCAGCAUCAUCGUCAUCCUCUGAUAGCAGGUUGAAGCUCAAACGUCUUGCACCUGGUCUUGUGGAACUCUCUUCACCGUCGAAGAGCAAAGCAAUUGAGACUUUGUCUACUGUUGAUCUUGAGGAUGAAGCCCCCACGCUGCUUACUCCAACUCAGUUUACUACAUUGUGGCCUCUAGCUUCCCUUAAUGGAUCAAAUACUAACUUGUUGGGUUUGGAGAAACUGCUGCAUUCUGUGCUGGGUCCUAAGGCUAACAAGAAGGGUUCCUUCAGGUUGUUGAAGGCAGAUGUUUCUACUCAGACUUUUCUGAAGAUAGGUUUUGAAGCAGAGAAGAAGCUGAAGGAAGGAGAUGCUAGUUUGGAGGGUUUCCCUGAGUGGAGGACUAAGCCGGAGACAGUGAAGAUGCACUUUGAGGUGCUGGGUAAGGUUGAUGGUGAUAAAGUUAUACCAGAGAAAGUCACGCCUGUCACCCCUGUUGUUGUGGAGGAUACUGUGGCGCCAAAUUUACUGACUGGGAACGGCACAUUGUCAAAGACACCAAAGCUUGACCCUAUACCCACCUACUUCGCCUUGUAAUUUUGACAAGGGGAUUGUUGUGCAUACACCAAAAGGAAUUGCUGUAGAGAGAUAUGAGAAGAUAUUCUUGUUUUUUAUACGUACACAGUAGUUAAGAAACUUGUGAAAAUUUUCAAUUAAUGAGAAAUUUGUUUUAUUUGGCCACUAUAGAUUUGCUUUAGACGUCCACUUCUUUUUUUAUAACUUUAAUGUUCUAGAACUAUUCAAUUAAACUACUCUAGUUGAACAAUAGAUUUAAAAUGCAGGAUUUAAUGCUACUUCUUAUUAGUUAUAGCUGCAAAGGGUUU